AACGGAACGCAGUUUCAGAGAAAAUGGUUUCGCUGGUAAAUGUUUUGCUGCGGAAAACCGCAAAAUUGGGUGCCAACAGAGCCUUACUGGCAAAUUUACCAGGAGUUUACAAUGCCAACUCUCAAAGAAAUGCCCACCGUUGGAUGCCAGACGAAGACUUCAUUAAGCAGUUUGAGGGCGCCGUGUUGUACUCCGAUGGCAGACCUGAACUCAUGAAGCACCCACCUUACAAUAGUAUUGUGGCCCCAGCUGAAAAGCAGGUCAAGAACAUGAUCCUCAACUUUGGUCCGCAGCACCCGGCUGCUCACGGUGUGUUGAGACUCGUACUCGAACUGGAUGGUGAGACUGUCCGCGGAGCUGAUCCUCACAUUGGUCUCCUUCACCGUGGUACGGAGAAGCUGAUUGAGUACAAGACCUACACCCAGGCGUUGCCUUACUUCGACAGGCUGGACUAUGUGUCUAUGAUGUGCAAUGAACAAUGUUACAGUCUGGCCGUUGAGAAACUGCUGAAUAUUGAAGCUCCCAUCAGAGCCAAGUACAUAAGAACUCUGUUUGCUGAGAUAACCAGAAUCCUGAACCACAUAAUGGCGGUGGGGACGCACGCCCUGGAUGUGGGUGCUCUCACUCCGUUCUUCUGGCUGUUCGAGGAGAGAGAGAAGAUGAUGGAGUUCUACGAGAGAGUCAGCGGCGCCAGGAUGCACGCGGCCUAUAUACGACCUGGAGGAGUGUCCUUGGAUAUGCCGUUAGGUCUGAUGGAUGACAUAUACGAGUUCGCGAGCAAGUUCGGCGAACGGCUCGACGAGGUGGAGGACGUGCUCACCACCAACAGGAUCUGGGUUCAGCGGACCAAGGAUGUGGGGGUGGUGACCGCACAAGACGCUCUCAACUACGGCUUCAGCGGUGUGAUGCUGAGAGGGUCCGGCAUCAAGUGGGAUCUGAGAAAAACUCAGCCUUAUGACGCUUACGAUAAGGUCGAGUUUGAUGUACCCAUUGGAACCAACGGCGACUGUUAUGACAGGUAUCUGAUCCGCGUGGAGGAGAUGCGUCAGUCGCUCCGCAUCAUAGACCAGUGCCUGAACCAGAUGCCGCCCGGAGAGGUGAAGACAGACGACGCCAAGCUCACCCCGCCCUCCAGGGAGGAGAUGAAGACAUCCAUGGAGGCGUUGAUCCACCACUUCAAGUUGUUCACCCAGGGGUACGCCGUGCCCCCCGGCGCUACGUACACCGCCGUAGAAGCACCCAAGGGAGAGUUUGGUGUCUACCUUGUAUCUGACGGAGGAUCGAAACCCUAUAGAUGCAAGAUCAAAGCCCCCGGCUUCGCUCAUCUGGCUGCAUUGGAGAAGAUCGGGAAGAAUUCCAUGUUGGCUGACAUAGUGGCCAUUAUCGGAACGUUGGAUGUCGUGUUCGGAGAAAUAGAUCGAUAGACAGACAUGCAGAUAGCAGAUCGAUAACAUACCUAGGAUAAGAAGUAAAUUAUAUACAGUCGACUUGAAACCUCUCCCGUAGAGCAAAGUGUACCAUACAGCUGUAAUAUACCCUAAUAAAUCAAUGCAAAAAAGUG